AUGAAGGCUGCUCUUGCGACAAGACCGGCAGCAGACCCGGCGGCGCGAUAUGCACAAUUGCAGCAGGCGGCCACGCAGAACACAACCAAUGCCCAACAGGCUUCCGGUCAAUCCGCUUUUACACAGGUGGCUAUAUUCAAUGGGUUCAUGCUUGAUGCUCGCGUAUCCAUCACUUGUUUCUGUAUGAUGGGGAUAUUCAUUUAUUUCAUGGCACGCCUGCGAGUCAAAGCACCUAAAAUGGCGCUGUUGUCGAUCUUCGCUAUCGUCAUCUCAGAUGUAUACAUCACCUCCGCACCUUUGAUCCCUCAAUUCGUGGGCACACUCCCACAGUCACUUCUAAUACCUACUGGUGUGGCAAUCGGAGCAGGAGUCGCCUGCAACAUUCUGUUCUUCCCACGGUCCACAUCACAUCUGGCACUUGACGGCAUGCAGGAUCUUCUUUUGCUCAUGAGAUCAUUCCUCGAGGCGUGUCAGCUGAAUUUCCAGUAUCCGUACCUGCGCAUGGAUUUGGACCGUCUACAUCAGACCAAGGCACAAAUCCUCGAGAUAUAUGGCGCGCUCGAAGGAAACGUGGGCUUUCUCAAGCUGGACGCUUCCAUGGGUAGAUGGAGUGCGGAUGAUAUCACGGCGCUGCAGGCCCCUCUACGGCAAGUGCUGGUAGCAUGUGCAGCAUUGCUUCAUGUCCAGAUGGCACACCACGAACCUCAGUCAGAAAAUGAAAGGCUGGAGACGCUGGCGAAAACUACUAGUGACAGUAUUUCCAAGGAGACUAGAUCCAACUUUCGACACCCUCAAGACACACAGGUUUUCGAUUUCCGACAGCGUUUUGUGCACCCAGACACCGACCAUCUUAUGGAAAUGAGUCUACUGGCACUUUCUUCUUCUGGAGAAGACCUUAUCAAUACAUAA